CUCCUUUCGCUCGUCUUGAUCCUCCCAACACACCGUCAAGAUGAAGCUCAACAUCUCCUACCCGGCCAACGGAUCGCAGAAGCUUGUCGAAAUCGAAGAUGAGCGCAAGCUCCGCGUCUUCAUGGACCGCCGCAUGGGUCAAGAGGUGCCGGCAGACAGCGUGGGCGACGAAUGGAAGGGCUACGUCUUCCGCAUCACCGGCGGCAACGACAAGCAGGGCUUCCCCAUGAAGCAGGGUGUCAUGCAUCCUACGCGUGUGCGCCUCCUCCUCGCCGAUGGCCACUCCUGCUACCGUCCCCGCCGAACGGGAGAGCGCAAGAGGAAGUCGGUGCGCGGCUGCAUCGUGGCCAUGGACCUCAGCGUCUUGGCUCUCAGCAUUGUCAAGCAAGGCGAAGGAGAGAUCCCCGGCCUCACCGACACCGUCCACCCCAAACGCCUCGGCCCCAAGCGUGCCACCAAGAUCAGGCGAUUCUUCGGCCUCAGCAAGGAAGACGAUGUCCGCAAGUUUGUCAUUCGUCGUGAAGUCCAGCCCAAGAAGGAGGGCGCCAAGCCAUACACCAAGGCCCCUCGCAUCCAGCGCCUCGUCACUCCUCAGCGCCUGCAACACAAGCGUCACCGCAUCGCUCUCAAGCGUCGUCGUGCGGAAGCCAGCCGUGAUGCUGCGAACGAGUACGCCCAGAUCAUGCACAAGCGCGUUGCAGAGGAGAAGGCGAAGCAGGCGGAGAUGCGGAAGAGACGUGCGUCGAGCAUGCGCAAGACCGAGUAAACAAGUGUUCGAUGCCGUGAGCAUGCGGGUUUGAAUGGUCCGUAGGAGCACGACAGUGUCAUCAACAGCAUUAGACAGCCGGCGCAUCGUUGAAUGAGGGCAUGGUAUCUCCCCACGAUGGAAGCCUUGCCAAAAGCUAGCGAAAUACCAAUUCUCUCAAUGAGGAUCUUGUGCCCUUGAACUGUGCAUGUCAAGUGUCGCGAUGAGAUAGUUCUCUAUUAUCUGUUACUUCACUGUCUUGUCCGACGUGCGCAUCCUCAGCGAGGUGUAUGUGUGCCCGUCCAACCUCACUG